UACUAAAUCAGCUGGAGUCAAGUUUACGAAUCGUUCUUAAGAAAAAGUAAAUAAAAACAAUUUAUAGUUUAUGUGUAAUAAAAAUAGUAUUAAAGAAUAAAUAAGAUUAAAACAUAAUAAAUAAAAUCAAAAUGGGUAAUCAGUUGGUUGGAAUAGCACCAUCACAAAUAUACCCUGUGGAGCACUACUUUUCGGGUACAUUUGGUACAGAAAUUGUUUUUGAUUCAAAUAUGGGUAGCACACGUUUUUUCAAAGUAGCCAAAGCAAAAACAGAAGAAGGAUUGAUUGUUGUAAAAGUAUUUGUGAAACAUGAUCCAACAUUACCUUUAGAAGAUUAUAAAGAGAGAGUGGAAUAUAUUAAAAAAACACUUGCUAAUGCAGUAAAUUGUUUGCCAUUUCAGAGAGUUGAGCUCACUGACAAGGCUGCAUAUAUAAUGAGAGAAUUUGUGAAACAUAGUUUAUAUGACCGCGUCUCCACACGCCCGUUUCUAACUGUUUUGGAAAAGAAAUGGAUUACAUUCCAAAUUUUAUGUGCUUUAAACCAAUGUCAUAAACAGAAAAUAUGUCAUGGUGAUAUUAAGCUAGAAAAUAUAUUGAUAACAUCAUGGAAUUGGAUUUUAUUAUCCGAUUUUGCCUCAUUUAAGCCAACGUACUUACCGGAAGAUAAUCCAGCUGAUUACACAUACUUUUUUGAUACAAGCCGUAGACGUACUUGUUACAUUGCUCCAGAACGUUUCGUUAAAACGUUGUCAUCAGAAGAUCCAGAAGGAAAUGUUUCUAUGUUUCCUACUGACUCAAUAUUACGUUUAGGACCCUAUUCUGGAACAACUGUUCUACCAGCUAUGGAUAUAUUCUCUGCUGGUUGUGCAUUGUUAGAAUUAUGGACUGAAGGUACCGCCCCCUUUGAAUUAUCUCAACUGUUAGCAUAUCGACGUGGUGAACGCGAUUUAGUUGAAAAACAUUUACAAGGCAUCGAUAAUGAAAAUUUGCGAAAUUUAUUAGCGUCAAUGAUUAAUUUAAAUUCAAUAAAUCGAAAAAGUGCCGAAGAUUAUUUGGCUGACGAACGUGGUCGUCUUUUUCCGGAAUAUUUCUAUUCGUUUUUACAAUCAUAUUUGCAAAUAUUUUCCUCUACGCCUAUUAUGUCUGCAGAUGAUAAAAUCUUAACACUACAUACCGAUAUGAACCACUGUAUUAAGGUUUUGACAAAUGCACAAAAUGUGACGCCUGAUGAAGAAACAAUUGAUGGAUUUAAACAACUUGCCAUAACUGAAAAGAAAGAUGAUUUAUACUGCCUACGACUACCACCUGAACAAGAUGGACUUAUUUUAAUUAUAACUGUUGUCACCUCUUGUAUACGUGGGUUGAAGCAUUCAAACUCAAAAAUUUGUUCCCUAGAAAUAUUACAAAAACUUUCAAAAUACACAACAUCGGAGACCAUAUUGGACCGCAUCUUACCUUAUAUUCUACACCUGGCACAGCAUUCUUCAGCUAAAGUACAGGUACAAGCUAUUGAAACAUUAACUGUUUGUUUAAGUAUGGUCAAAGAUAUACCGCUCAAUGAUGCUAACGUAUUUCCGGAAUAUAUUUUACCUGCUAUAGCUUCUUUAUCCAGUGAGCCUAGCGCUGUUAUUGUACGCGUUGCAUUUGCACGAAAUAUUGCAAAAUUGGCAAAAAUUGCUGUUUAUUUUUUGGAAGAAACCCAACGAAAUGCACCAAAUGAUAUGGUUACCCAGAGAUAUGAAGCAGAAAUUAAUGCAUUGCACGAUAUCAUACAGUUAACCGUUCUUAGUCUCCUAACAGAUACAAAACCUGUAGUAAAACAAACCCUUAUGGAUUCAGGUAUAUGCGAUUUAUGUGCAUUCUUCGGAAAGGAAAAAGCAAACGAUAUAAUACUCUCCCAUAUAAUGACUUUUCUAAAUGACGACGAUAAAAAUUUGCGUGGCGCUUUUUAUGAUAAUAUUGCUGGAGUUGCUGGCUAUAUUGGUUGGCAAGCAUCAGAUAUAUUAGUACCACUCUUACAGCAAGGAUUUACGGACCGUGAAGAAUUCGUUAUAGCCAAAGCAAUACGUGCUGUAACAAUUUUAAUUGAAUUGGGUCACAUUAAAAAGCCUACAGUGACAGAUAUUAUAAAAGAACUUGCUUGUUAUUUAUGUCAUCCAAACCUAUGGAUUCGUCAUGAAAUCAGUGGCAUGAUUUCGACAGCUGCGCGUACAUUAAGUGCUAUAGAUGUGCAAUGCAAAGUAAUGCCAGCAAUCAAACAGUUUUUAAAAACACCGCUGAUACAAGUUGAGAAACCCGAUAUAUUGUUGGACUACGUACAACCAGCAAUACCACGACAGAUUUAUGAUAGUGUACUCAGGUUUCAGGAUGUAAAAGCAUUUAUAAAUGCUCUAGAGAAUCGUGCUAAAGAACGACGUAAUACUAGACCUGGACUGGCCCCACAGUAUGCAGACAUGGGACAGGUUUUAACAAAUCUAUUUCGACGUUUGAGCUCUGAAGGUUUGAAUGACAUACUGGAAAUGAUAUUGCUUGCUAUGAAACCGUUCUUACUUAAGCUUAAACAUAAGUCACAGCUGGAUGUUGAUGAGCCAGCCUCAGGCAAUGGGCGCAUUGUAAUAAGUCGUAAAAAAGUGAAUUGUCAUGACUAUCCGCUAGCAGAAAAAAAAUCCAAAUUACCUAUAGAAACACCAUCGCCAGCAUCUGAUGGAAAUGGUUCACCUAUCGGUGGUAUAGCUGGAAGUCCAGCAUCUGGGGUGCUACUAUUAGGCGGCCAACAAAACUUAUUAAGUGCGGCAACAUCUUUAGGGGAGUAUACAAUGCCUGAACGUAACUACUGGCAAGAACGCCCUUCAGAAUGUCGAAAGGAUCUUGAAUCAAUGCGAAAUAAAAUCAAAACGCGCUAUAGUUCCAUUGCACAGCGAGGCAAUUAUGGUAAACAAAAUUCUCCCUACCCGAAUAACUGGCGCAUGAAUGGCACACUGAUAGCACAUUUACAUGAACACUCUGAGUCAGUUAUUAAACUGGCUGCACUUAAACCACAUGGUCCGCUUUUUGCUAGUGGCAGCAUAGAUGGUACGGUACGUUUGUGGGAUUGUAACAAACUAAAUGGCAAUCAAACCAUAAACAAGUCACGACAAGUGUAUUCUGCAAAUACACCAAUAUAUGCUUUAGCAGCCUGUGAUGGUGGACAAUCAUUGGCAGUUGGUGGAAAGGAUGGAAGUCUACUUAUAAUGCGUAUCGAUAGAAAUUCUUCAAAGAUGACCUUACAACAAGCACUCCAUUUAAAUCAAAAUGAACACAGUGAUGGCCCUGUAGUAGAUAUGGUAUCCUAUGAUCACACGUCACCUAAUAUUAUUAUAUAUGCCACACUAUACGGCGCUAUUGUAGCUUGGGAUACACGCAUACAACAAUGUGCUUGGCGUUUAGAAAAUGAACUACGUCAUGGAGUGAUUACAACAAUAUGUGCUGACUCUACAGGUUCCUGGCUUGCUACUGGUACCAGUGGUGGCAAACAUAUAUGCUGGGACUUACGUUUUAGAUUAGCUAUUGCAGAAAUAAAACAUCCCUCAGAUUCUUGGAUACGUAAAGUAGCUUGCCAUCCUACAGAGCCUUCCUGCUUAAUAUCAGCUUCAAAAUCUAAUAAUGAAGUUUCGAUUUGGAAUAUAGAAACAAAUCAUAGACAAACUGUACUCUGGGCUAGUCCAGCACCUCCAUUAUCCAACACUAGUAUGAACGAUCCGGCAACAACAUGUGGUGUCUUAAGUGGUGUUGUAGACAAUUCGCCUUUUAUUCUGACUGGAAGUUCAGAUCAACGUAUACGGUUCUGGAAUUUAUGUGACCCCAAAAGCUCAGCAUUGGUUGUGCCAUCGCCGAAGGAUAAUUUAAAUGAUAUUACAUUCAAUUAUAAUACACGGUUGAUUGAUGGCAGUCACGUUAUAGAGGAAAAUAUUAUUUCGCUUGGUAAUAAUACUGACAUGAAUGCCUUGCGAGUGUCAGCUGAAGAAAAUCCAAGAUCUGGCCCAGACAUGCCAUCAGCCAGUCAUCAAGACGCAAUUGCCGACUUACUGAUGUGCAAAAGUGAUAAAGGACAAAUAUAUAUAGCAUCAGCAGCGCGGGAUGGUGCUAUCAAACUAUGGAAAUAAUUUAAGUUACAAUUAUUUAUAUAAUUUGAAUUAUUUUGCAAUUCUUUUAUUCUCAAACUAUUUUAU